AUGUUCAACGCCACUCAGCAUCGCGGCAACCCCAAUUUGGGACCUGCUCCUCCUGGCCAACCCAAUCACCGACUGAACGAGAUUAUGGACUCUCUUCGAGCCGAAUUCGACAAUCAAAGCCGCGCCUCGGAGCAGGUGGAAAGCCAGGUUGCUCAACAGAUCCAAGAGAUGGAGUUGAUUCGUAACAAGGUCUAUCAGCUCGAACAGAAUCAAUUGAAGAUGAAACAGGACUAUGAGGCUGAAAUCCGUAUGCUGCGACAUGAGCUCGAAAUGCGUGGAGGUCCUCAAGUGCAGUCCCAUCUCAACGCUCCUCCUCAACAUGGCGGUCCUGCACAAGCUCCUCCAUCCCUAGGCCAUGGGCAGGGCGGUCUUUUCAGCGGAAUCAUGGCAAACCAAGGCCAGGGUGGCCCAGGACUGGCACCACCACCGGAACAACCUCCUCCACAGCAGCAUCCUCUACAACCUCCCCCACCAGCUGGUCAACCCCAAGGUCAUCCUCAACCACCAAACUCGUUUCCUGGCUAUCAACAAGGGCCUGCGUUGAAUGGUUAUGCGCCACAACCCCAGCCUCCGACCAACUCUCCUGGUCUGGGAAAGACGAGGACCAUGACUAGUCGAGGCGGACCUGGACCAGCCACCCCUCAACAACAUCCUAAUCAACCCCAGCCGAUGCCAUAUCAGAAUGACCCAAGAGCAUCGCCUCAGAUGCCUCGCCCAACUCCUCCGGGGAGUGACUUACAACUUGGACCUCGUCAUCAAGUGCCGGGUCAGGGCCAGUACCCGAAUGUGGGAAACGUCCUGGCAGAUCUCAACCCGGACGAUCUGCCCGAUCACUUGAAGCGAACUGGAGCCAAUGGAGAAUGGCACGCUGUGUUCAAUCCCAACGUUCCUCGGGUCCUUGAUGUCACGCUCUUGCACAACCUCGUCCAUGAAUCCGUCGUCUGCUGCGUCCGCUUCUCGAAUGACGGACAGUUCGUUGCGACCGGAUGUAACCGUAGUGCUCAAAUCUUCGACGCACGUGAUGGUCGCAAGGUCUGUGAGUUGCUAGACGACAAUGUCCAAGAUAAAGAUGGAGAUUUGUACAUUCGUUCCGUCUGCUUCUCGCCUGACGGCAAACUGUUGGCCACGGGCGCCGAAGACAAGAAGAUUCGAGUGUGGGACAUUGAGAGCAAGCGCAUUCGCACCAUUUUUGAUGGUCACGAGCAAGAUAUUUACUCACUCGACUUCUCCCGCACCGGCCGCCUGAUUGCGUCGGGCUCAGGUGAUAAAACGGUGCGCUUGUGGGACAUUGAGUCAAACCAACAGGUUAUGGUUCUGUCCAUUGAGGACGGCGUUACCACCGUCGCCAUGUCUCCCGAUGGCCGUUUUGUCGCUGCGGGAUCUCUGGACAAGAGUGUUCGAGUGUGGGACUGCUCCAGUGGAUAUCUCAUUGAGCGACUGGAAGGGGCUCAAGGGCAUAAGGACAGCGUGUAUUCCGUGGCUUUCUCUCCAAGUGGGCGAGAACUGGUCAGCGGUAGUUUGGACAAAACCAUCAAGAUGUGGGAGCUUACUCAACGAGGACUUAUUCCAUCGAGUGCCGCCAAGGAUGGCAAAUGUAUUCGCACAUUUGAAGGACACAAGGACUAUGUUCUUUCGGUUUGCCUGACGCCUGGAGGCGAAUGGGUCAUGUCAGGGUCGAAAGAUCGCGGCGUGCAGUUCUGGGAUCCGAAUACUGGCAAUGCGCAGAUGAUGCUUCAGGGCCAUAAGAAUUCUGUGAUCUCCGUUGCACCCUGCCCGACAGGACAUUUGUUCGCUACUGGAUCAGGAGACAUGAAAGCUCGGAUCUGGCAAUACACUACCUGGCGUGGAGCACACCAAGGUCUCUAG